AUGUGCCUACUAUUCAUACCACCGGACAACAUGGACAAAACCCAGUGGACAACAACAUACCACAUACUGAUCUCAGCAGCCAUGGUGAUAUCGAGAUUAUGGAAAUCGCCCACGGCACCGAAUUUCAACGCCCUUCUCAACCAAAUCAACCUAAACUGGCAAUAUGAGACCAUGCUCGCAAAACAAAACGGGCCAAAGAAAACAAUUUCCAAAGCAAACCUGAUGUGGAAAGAGUACUGGGAACUCAAAGACAAACAGAAAGAAACAUCACAAACCAACUCACAACAAACGGCUCCACCCACCUAG